AUGGAGAUUGAGAUAAUAUCAAGAGAGUACAUCAAACCCUCUUCUCCCACACCUAAACACCUAAGAACCCAUUUCAUCUGUCUCCUUGAUCAAUUCGCCCCUCCAAUAUAUGUUACCGGUAUAGCCUUUUUCGCUGCAAAUUACCAAGGUGACUCCAUCUCCUCAUCCAAGAGAUCACAAGUAUUGAAACAAUCUUUAUCAAAGAUACUUGCUCUUUAUUAUCCCCUCGCCGGACGGAUCAUCGACGAUACUUCCAUUGAUUGUAACGACGAGGGGGCUCCUUAUAUGGUGGCUAGAUGUAAUUGCAAUUUAUGUGAUUAUCUCAAACAACCUGAUCUCUCAACACUCUCUAAGUUUCUCCCACUGGAGAUCAUUAAUAGUAAAAUGACUCCAGGUGGUCAUACAGCUAUGUUCCAAGAAAAUCUUUUUGCUUGUGGUGGUUUGGCCAUAGGCUUCGCUUUUCCACACAAUUUAUUUGAUGGAACUAGUAUAUUUUUAUUCCUGAAAAAUUGGGGUACACUGGCACGAAAAGGAGCAGUGACUCAAUUUCCUGAUUUCAGCACCUCAUAUUUCUUUCCUCAAAACAGUGCAUUCCCGCAAGAUUUAACUGCCAAGGCUGUAUCGCGUCCAUUAUUUGGAAGACAGGGAAAUUUUGUUGUAAGAAGGUUUGUGUUUAAAGGAUCAGUCAUUAGCAAUCUUAAGGACAAAGCAACGAGAUUAGGCGUGCAAAAACCAACGCGUGUAGAAGUUGUUGUUGGACUCCUCUUUAAAUGCAUAAUGUCUGCAUCGAUAGCGAAAUCGGGUUCUAAGAACAACAAGAAGUACUCAGCUCUGAUAUCAACUCACGUGAACUUGCGACGAAAGGCAGUACCCCAAUUACGAGAAACAAGUGUGGGAAAUUUGCUUCUACUAGCAGGGAUAGAAGCAUAUAGUGAAGAUACUGAUUUGCGUAGUUUCGUGUCCCAAAUGAGAGAAACAUUAUCCCCAAUCAACGGGGAUUUUGUGAAGAGCCUUCAAGGAGAUCAAGGAUUGCAGUGGCUCUGCGAAUAUUUGAAAAAGCUUCGUGAAUCAUAUUCUAAAGCUUUCGAAGAAUGCAUUGUUUUUAAUAGUUGGUGCAACGGAGGGACUAAUAUAAUUGAUUUUGGUUGGGGGAAGAAUAUAUGGUUUCCAGCUGUUAUUUUUGCCAAACCCGGCGGGGCAAAUUUGAUUCAGCUUGUGGACACAAGAAUGAGUAAUGGAAUAGAAGCAUGGGUAUCAUUGGAUGAAGAAAUCAUGUCCAUGGUAGAGAAUGAUCAGGAGCUCCUUUCAAUGGCCUCAGUAGAUCCAAGCCCUCUUGAAAUUGAUUCACUCAAGUCAAAGCUUUGA